AUGUCUGGUCCAUUACUCAGCGCAUUAUUUCCCUGGAGGUACAAAGUUAGCAAUGAACUUCCUGAUCGAUUAAAAAAGACGAUUGAACAACAAUCUUUCUUUUGGUUAGAAAAAGAAGGGAGAGGUGAAAGUGAUACUUUCUUUUCUUUUACAUGUCAACUUGAUGCUAAAAAAAGUUUUGAUUCUAUCAGAAUUGGAACUUUGGCUAGUCCAACAGGUGCACAAAUUGCAUUGCCUUUUUAUGUUAAAUUUAAAAAUGAACAAGAGGCAUUAGAAUAUGCUAAACAAAAUUUGGAGCCAUUUAAUAUUCUUGGCAAAACAGCUUGUAUUAUAUGGGAAUCUGAAGUUGGUAAACAAAUUUUGUCUACUUUCGUUUUAUCUGAUGAGGCUUUGGCUUUUUUGGUUGCUAGAGAUCUUUAUGCUGUACAAAAGCCUUAUUUAUUGACUCAGGUUCUCACUUUUAUGUUGUGUUUUUAUGCUCUUCACGUUUUCGCGUUUAGAGGAGAUUCUUUAGUUUUUGCUGUUGCUCUUCCAAUUCUUGCUGGAAUUGCUAUUUAUGCUGCUGUUAACUGGAAUAAAUUGGGAAUUUUUAUGAAUGAAUGUCAUGCAGAUAUAAUGGCAGCAAAUCUCUCAGUAUUGCAUACUAAAGGAGGCCAAGAAUAUUAUAUGAAAUUUCUUAGCAGAAACAGGUCCUUUCCUUUUAAAAUAAUUUUUUCCAAUAAAAUCCCUCUCAGAAUAUUACGAGAUUUGGUUAGUGGAGGUGACAAAUUAUUUAGCCCUAUUGGAGAGGUAAAAAGGUCAAUUGCCAAAUAUGUUAGUAGAUAUGAUGGAAUUAAUGAUGUUUCGAGUAAUAAUGAUCAAUUAACUUUGUCUAUUUUAGGGGAUGAUUAUUCUUGA